AUGGAUAUUUUUUCUGAAGAAUGGUCUGUGAACCUAAUAGCACAUUCCUUACUAGAAUUAAGCCAAGCUAGAAAAUUCAACAGAAGUGUACUUACAUCUGAAGAAAUUAACAAGUCUUGUUUAUGCAAUGUGACUGCAGACUUUGAUCAUACAACAAACUGUCCUUGUGAAGGGAACCUGACUACAUCAUUAUUUCCUAUUCUUCAUGAGAAAAACUGGCCUGCUCUUUUAACUAUUAUUGUGAUUAUUAUAACCAUUUUUGGAAAUAUUCUAGUCAUCUUGGCUGUCUCACUAGAAAAGAAGUUGCACAAUGCCACAAAUUAUUUCCUGAUGUCACUUGCAAUAACUGAUAUGCUCUUGGGUUUUCUUGUCAUGCCGAUAUCAAUGCUAACUAUAUUAUAUGAAUAUAGAUGGCCACUGCCUAGGAACCUCUGUACUGUGUGGAUUUAUUUUGAUGUGCUUUUCUCCACUGCCUCCAUCAUGCAUCUCUGUGCCAUAUCUCUGGAUCGCUAUAUUGCCAUUCAAGAUCCCAUUCAUCACAGCCGGUUUAACUCCAGAACAAAGGCCUUGGCAAAAAUUGCUCUUGUUUGGACAGUAUCAAUAGGUAUUUCAAUGCCAGUUCUUAUAUUUGGAUUCCAUGAUAAUUCUAAAGUUUUCAAGAAUGGAAGCUGUUUUCUUGUGGAAGAGAAGUUUGUUUUAAUUGGUUCUUUUGUAGCAUUUUUUAUUCCACUUGUUAUCAUGGUGAUCACCUAUUUUUUAACUAUAAAAUCUCUUCAGAAAGAAGCCACAUCAUGCAUGAAUGAUCUUGAUUCAAAACCUGGCUCAUUCAAGUUUUUUCCUCAAAGUUCUCUUUCUUUGGAUAAGCAUUUCACGCACUCUCUGAACAAAGAAUCGGGAACUUUUAAAAGGAGAAAGAUGCAAUCAAUAAGUAAUGAACAGAAAGCAUCCAAGGUACUUGGCAUUGUCUUUUUCCUGUUUGUGGUAAUGUGGUGUCCUUUUUUCAUCACAAAUGUGAUGAUAGCUUUUUGCAAGGAGGCGUGUUACAAAGAUGUAAUUGAGGAUCUGCUUAACAUUUUUGUUUGGAUUGGCUACCUUUCUUCAGCAGUCAACCCACUUAUAUAUACAUUAUUCAGUAAAACCUACCGAUCCGCUUUUGUACGUUACCUCCAAUGUCAUUACAAAGAGAAAAAGAAACCUCUGCAGUCGUUCUUAGUGAACACUAUUCCUACUGUUGUGUACAACUCACAUCAGUUAACACAAAUGAAAUGUUUAAGAAAGGAAUCUAAGUUGAUGGCUACAGGGACAUCUGAAAUACAUGAUCUGGAUGAAACCUUAAAGAGCAAAGUCAGCAACAUGAAUGAAAAAGUUAGCUGCUUGUGA